CUCCUCCGCCGCCGCCGCCGCCGUCGCCCUCGCCGCCUGGCCGAAGGAAAGCCCUGCGCGCGCGGCCCCGACUCUUUCCCCCAGCGCUGGCCGAGGGGGCUCGACGGCGGCAGCAGCGGAGGCGGGGAAGGGGGCGGCCGGGGUGGGCACCUCUAACGCCGCGGCCGCCGCUGCUUCUGCCGCCGCUGCUGGACAGCCGCCCCGACGCGCCCGGGCGAGAGAGUGCCAGCGCCGCUCCUCGCGUGUGCCCGGCAGCGCGCCCCUCCGCCCUCUCCCCUCCGCCCCUGCCAAAGGGGCCGGUGAGCUGGCCGGCAGGCCUCGGCCCGGGAGCGCCCCACUUUCCCCCGCUCCGGCUCUGGCCGAGGGCCACCGCCGAGGCCCCCGGAUGGAGAAGCGGGGCAAGAGGGUGGACUGUCCGGCGUUGCCCCCCGGCUGGAAGAAGGAAGAGGUCAUCCGCAAAUCGGGGCUGAGCGCCGGGAAGAGUGAUGUCUACUAUUUCAGUCCAAGUGGGAAGAAGUUCCGAAGCAAGCCCCAGUUGGCCAGAUACUUGGGGAACACGGUUGACCUCAGCAGUUUCGACUUCAGGACAGGGAAGAUGAUGCCAAGUAAAUUGCAGAAGAACAAACAGAGAUUAAGGAAUGAUUCACUCAGUCAAAAUAAGGGUAAACCAGAUUUAAAUACAACGCUGCCAAUCAGACAAACAGCUUCUAUUUUUAAACAGCCUGUAACCAAAGUUACCAACCAUCCUAACAACAAAGUGAAGUCUGAUCCACAGCGAGUGAUUGAACAGCCCAGACAGCUUUUCUGGGAGAAGAGGCUUCAGGGCUUAAGUGCAUCAGAUGUCAGUGAGCAGAUCAUAAAAUCCAUGGAGCUUCCUAAAGGCCUUCAAGGAGUGGGCCCGGGGAACAAUGAUGACACUCUCUUGUCGGCUGUAGCCAGUGCAUUGCACAUGAGUUCUGCUCCCAUCACAGGACAGCUGUCUGCUGCCGUGGAGAAGAACCCAGCCGUGUGGUUGAACACAUCGCAGCCUCUCUGCAAAGCCUUCAUUGUUACAGAUGAAGACAUUAGGAAGCAAGAGGAGCGAGUGCAACAGGUACGGAAAAAACUGGAGGAGGCACUGAUGGCAGACAUCUUGUCCCGGACUACGGACGCAGCAGACUUGGACGAGGUUGAAAUGGACAAUGGAGAAGAGGCAUAAGAAUUAAAUAGUCAGGUACUUAAAAAAGAGAGAGAGAGAGAGAGAGAUUCCCAGAGAAAAAUUCCUGGAAGUUGGGAUGGGCUUUUAUAUUUUCCGUUGGUCUUUCGUGAUAGAAGAAGAGGACCUCUGCACAUUUAUAUAGCUUUUUAAUAGCAUUAAAAACCAAUGCCUUUUUUUUGGCUCUUAUAAUUAUUAUUAUUGUUAUUUUUGAUGUACAUAUCUUGUUAAAAAAAGAAAGAAAAGAGGAAAAGGGGGGAAAAAAAGGAAAAGACCCCUAGCUUUUAUUUUGUGUCUUACGACUUCAAAAGUCUCAUUUUUACUUUAUUUUUAUUUUAUUUGUUUGGUGAUGUCAAACAAUUCCUUAAGACUGAAGCUGAGCUUUCAAUGCCAAGUUGCAAUCCUGGGGCAACAACCUGGCAAGCACUAAAUAAUUAGCAUUUCCCACCUGUCCGCCUUUUAUAUGUGUGUUUUUGCAAGAAUAGAUCAGGAAAACAGAUUGUUUCCCAGUUUUUUUUUUUUAAAAGAAAAGAAAUUGUGACAUGAUUUCUUGUACAUAUAUUAUAUAAAAGAUUUUUAUACUGGAACUGAAUGGAAAAAUCUGUAAAUUGACCCAUCAUCAUUCUCUAAAGAGAAAUAAAUACUUUUAUUCAGAGUAAUUACAAUUUUUAGAGUAAUGUGCUAUAAUUUAAGGCAAGGCUCUUAUCGCUAUUAUUGAGCAUUAGGCAGAGAUAAUAUUGUUCAGUGAGAGUAGUGAAUCCAGAAUGCCAGGCUGCUACAGCCUCUGUUAAGUUUAUUGGGAACUUAUUUGCACUCUGACAUGAUUAUGGAAGCACAUCAACGGGUGUGCAAUUUUCCCACAUCUGAUUUGGAGCCCCCGUCCUCCUUUUGUAAAAUGGGGAAAUUGUGACCUACCUCACAGGGUUGUUGUGAGGAUGAGCUUAAUAAAGAUUGGAAAGUA